CAGCAGCGGCCGGAUGUUCUGUGUGAAGACAGGAACAACAAAGAAGAGAAAGCGCCCGGGUUUUAAAACUAAUGAGAACACACCAGAACACACAAUCAAGGAAAUUAGCUGUCGUUGACAGUAGGGCAAAAGCAUUUGGUUUGCAUGUGAGAACAAGUGUCUGCCGAGCCAAACAUGGCGAACAAUGCAGAGGACAUUGAAAACAAUAUGGACCAACAGGAGACCAGUGUGGCCUGUGAACCCGGCCGGCAGCCACAGGAGGCUGUGGUGGUCAGAGCCCGGUCCAGAGGAGGCGGAGAAGGUGGGGGUGGGGGCGAUGGAGGAGGGGUAGGCGGAGCAGGCAACGGUAGCGGCCCGGAGCAGAACGGGCAGCCGCCCGCCGCUCAGCCUCCCCGCGUGGUGGAGGCCGAGGAGGACGAGGAUGAAGAGUUGACCCUGAAAUACGGCGCCAAGCACGUCAUCAUGCUGUUCGUUCCCGUGACCCUCUGCAUGGUGGUCGUUGUGGCAACCAUAAAGUCUGUCAGCUUCUACACCCAGAACGACGGCCAGAGAUUGAUCUACACACCGUUCCCUGAAGACACAGACACAGUAGGACAGAGAGCCAUCAACUCCAUCCUGAACGCCACCAUCAUGAUCACUGUGAUCAUCGUCAUGACACUGGUGCUGGUGCUGUUAUACAAGUACCGCUGCUACAAGGUGAUCCAAGGCUGGCUCUUCCUCUCCUCCCUCCUCCUGCUGUUCUUCUUCUCCUACAUCUACCUCAAAGAGGUUUUCAAGACCUACAAUGUGGCCAUGGACUACUUCACCCUGGCGGUAAUCGUUUGGAACUUCGGAGUGGUGGGCAUGGUCUGUAUUCAUUGGAAAGGGCCGCUGCGGCUCCAGCAGGCCUACCUCAUCAUGAUCAGCGCCCUCAUGGCCCUGGUUUUCAUCAAGUACCUGCCAGAGUGGACCGCCUGGCUCAUAUUAGCCGUCAUAUCCGUCUACGAUCUGUUAGCGGUUCUCUGUCCCAAAGGGCCUCUGAGGAUCCUGGUGGAGACGGCUCAGGAGAGGAACGAGCCCAUCUUUCCAGCUCUCAUCUACUCCUCUACAAUGGUGUGGCUCGUUAACAUGGCCGACACCGACCGGCCAAAAAGGAACUCGACGGAAGCAGCGUCCUCUCAACAGGGCGCUCACGAAGCCGUGGCGUCCCCGGCUGCCGCCAGUCCGCCGCAGGACGACGGGGGCUUCACCUCCACCUGGGUCAACCAGCAGGAGCACCAGCUGGGGCCACUCCAGUCCACCGAGCAGACCAGACGGGAGAUCCAGGAGAUGCCCUCCGCUCGCCCCCCCGCCGAAGACGACGAUGAAGAGAGGGGCGUCAAACUGGGCCUGGGAGACUUCAUCUUCUACAGCAUGCUGGUGGGAAAGGCCUCGGCCACGGCCAGCGGCGACUGGAACACCACGCUCGCCUGCUUCGUAGCCAUCCUCAUCGGCCUGUGUCUCACCCUGCUGCUCCUCGCCAUCUUCAAGAAAGCGCUCCCCGCUCUGCCCAUCUCCAUUUUUUUCGGCCUGGUCUUCUAUUUCGCCACAGACAACCUGGUGCAGCCCUUCAUGGACCGGCUGGCGCUCCACCAGUUCUACAUUUAGCAGCACGCUGCCCUGAUAACCCCUCACCCACGUAGCCCUGGGGCCAACAACACGAGAGCAGUCCCUUCACAGCUGGGGGGGGGUGGGACAAAGGGCGAUGCCGGCCAGGGGCCUCUCCCGCCCCCACAUCCCCCUCCUAAAGAACUCCCGAUGACGGGAAACAAGUUGUUUCUGUUCUGCUUUUUUUUUUUUUUUUUAUCGACGCCAACGGGGGUGGAGGGUGGGGGUGGGGGGUAUUCCCCACAACAGCUGUUUCUUAAAUAUUUCAUUUCAGUUUUAAACCAAGAAGUGACAUUUCUCGCUCGACAUGGGACCUCAUCUUCAAAUCUCAAUCAAUUUUUUUUUUUUUUUUUUUUUUUUUUUUACUCAUUUUAUUUUUUUUAAUCCAGGGAAGCUUUUCAAGAGCUUGUCUGCUUCUUCUCGGCAGCGCCCUGCUUCCCAAUCCGCACGCAUUUCAUAUGUGGGAGCUGCCCAGUACAACCACAGUCCUCUACGACGGGGGCUUUACGGUAGGUGCCUUGCUCAGGGACACCUUGGUGGGAGCUGUUGAGCGAAAGGGAGACCGGUUUCAUUAAAUCUCCCUUCAAAGACUUGGAUCAAAUAUCUUCCUUUUUU